CCAUCUCAGAUAGAACUCCAUCUCAGCACCAUCGACGCAGCAUAACACUCCAGAGCAGAACUCCGUCGACGCAGCCAUCGCAGAACGCAGCAGAGCGCCGCCGUCGCCGUCACCGUGCAGCCCCGUCGCCGUCACCGUGCAGCAGAACUCCGUCGCCGUCGCCUCCUCCUCCGUUUGUGACUGACAAUGGAUCUUUCUUCAUCUAGUCCUUUGGCUACAAACCAAGAUUCACAAAAAGAUCCCUCCAAAUCUGGGAUAAAAUCACAAAAAACUCGAGUUCAUAAAAUGAUAAGGACAGAUUCACUUUGGUAGAUUGGCUGGGAGGAUGAAAAGAAUUGUUUUCAAUCAAUUUCUGCUACUAUUGCCAACUUCUAUGCCAUGCAUACUCCUUUGCUACCCAAUCCCUCAGGUUGAGCUCCGACGCUGUGGUGUUGACUGUUAAUCGGCUUUUGUUUAACCGUCCAAGAAUCCAACAAAUUCUCAUGCAGUCACAUUUGGUCAAUAUUACUUCAAAAAUCAAAGCACUUGCUAGGUCUGGCCAGAUCGAAUACGCUCGGAAGGUAUUCGAUGAAAUGGUGCUGAGAGAUAUAGUAGCUUGGAACUCAAUGCUCAGCAGCUAUUCCCAAUUGGGUCUCCACCAAGAAGCUCUCUCUUUGUUCCGGAGCUUGAGGACCGGUGUUGUUAGGCCAGAUCACUUCACAUUUACAUCAACGCUUAGUGCAUGUGCAUCCUCAUGUGAGCUUAAAUACGGGCAUAAAAUCCAUGCACUUGUGAUUGUUUCAGGUUACAAUGCAUAUUUGUCAGUGAAUAAUUCACUAAUUGAUAUGUAUGGGAAAUGUUUCAGCCAUUUUGAUGCAAACAAAGUGUUUGAAGAGAUGGAAGUCACGAAUGAAGUGUCAUGGUGUUCAUUAUUGUUUGCAUAUGUUAAUGUGAAUAAGUUGGAUGUAGCAGCCAAUUUGUUCAAUGCAAUGCCAAAGAAAGGGGUGAUUGCAUUUAAUACUAUGAUUGCUGGACAUGCUAGACAGGGUGAAGCUAAGUUGUCAGUGGGCUUGUUUAAGGAUAUGUUUAAUGCGCUAUCCACUCCAGACCAAUGGACUUUGAGUGCUCUCAUGAAUGCUUGUGCUGAAUCAAGACAAAAAUUUCUCGGUUUUAUGCUACAUGGUUAUAUUCUCAAAAGUGGUUGGAGUUCUGCAAGCGAGGUAAACAAUUCUAUUCUUAGUUUCUAUGCUAGUGUGAAUUGCCAUAAUGAUGUUCUGAAGAUGGUUCACAGCAUUGAUGUUCUCAACCAAGUGUCUUGGAAUGCUAUAAUUGAUGCUCACAUGAAAGUAGGCAACAUAGAUGAAGCAUUUACUGUAUUCACCCAGUCACCUGAGAAGAAUCUUGUUUCAUGGACAUCUAUGAUUGCAGGAUUUGCUAGAAAUGGCCAUGGAGAACAUGCAAUAUAUUUCUUUGUAGAUAUGACAAGAAAUGAUAUCAAGCCAGAUGAGUUUACAUUUGGAGCUGUCUUGCAUGCUUGUUCUACCUUAGCUGUGCUAGGUCAUGGUAAAAUGAUCCAUGCUUGUGGAUUUAAGAGUGGCUUAUUUACCCAUACAUAUGUUGGAAAUGGCUUGGUUAAUAUGUAUGCUAAAUGUGGGGAGAUAAGAGAUUCACAAGCUGCAUUUUGUGACAUUUAUUUGAAGGAUUUGAUCUCAUGGAACACCAUGCUGUUUUCAUAUGGGCUACAUGGAUGGUCUAAGCAAGCUGUUCAGCUUCUUGAGGAAAUGCUGGUAUGUGGGGUAACUCCAGAUAAAGUAACAUUUAUAGGAUUGUUUAUGAGUUGUAGCCACUCAGGGCUUGUAGAUAAUGCUAGGACUCUGUUCGAGUCAAUGAGUAGUGUUUACGGAAUUUCACCAGGAAUUGAUCAUGUGACUUGCGUGGUUGACAUAUUAGGUCGCGGUGGCCAUAUUGAAGAAGCAAGAAAGAUUGCUAGUGAGUACUUUGGAAAACAAAAUACAAUGCUACUACAAGAAGUUCUAUUUGGAGCUUGUUCUGCUCAAAACAACAUAGAAUUGGGAAACGAAUUAGGAAAACUUCUUAAAAGUUUAGAUCCCCAGAAUGAGAUGAGCUAUAUCUUGUUGUCAAACCUCUAUUGUGCAAGUGGGCAGUGGAAAGAAGCAGAGAUGGUCAGGCAAGCAAUGGUGAGUGAAGGGGUUAAAAAGAUGCCUGGUUUUAGUUGGAUUGAAGUGGAUAAUCAAAUGACAAUUUUUGCAGCAGGAAGAGAGUCAAAUCCAUGGAUGGAAAAAUUGGAUGAGAUGAUUUCCAUUCUUGAUUCUGAGAUGAGAUUCCCACAUUAUUUUUCUCGUUUGGAUGGAAUUACCUAAGACGAUCUUUCGUUGUAUACACAUAUGAAGCUGCCAAUGGCAAUUGAUUUUUCAUCAAGGCAACUGGUGAUAUUUCAUACCACGAUAAUUAGGAUCAUAUUCUAAGUGGGUUUUUAAUCAAGGUACAUCUCUAGUGAACUGUUGAGGACCAUAUUUACAAUGUAUUUAUAGAUGUAUUUGAAUUACCAAGUUUUACAAACUUGUUUUGUAUUGUUAUGGUAUUAUUAUAUAUUUAUAUGUAUUUAUAGUUA